CAGGAGUACUAAGUACUUGCUUUUGCAUUAACUCUUUGGUAGUCUUCUGGAAAAGAACACAAGAUGAAGUUUCUUAUAAGCUGGCUUUUACUUAUCAGUUGCAGUCACUUGGGUUAUGGACGACUUGAGCGGAUACGUCUCACUAAGUUUGAUAGUUUGCGUCGUCAGUUGAUUGGUUCACGCACUCCGAUGGAAAAAUAUUUGAAGCACAACUUGCAAACCAAGUACAACUUGCAAACCAAGUACAACUUGAUUGGAGGGCCUGUAAGGGAGCCACUGACAAAUUGUCUAGAUAUGGAGUACUAUGGAGAGAUCACAAUUGGGACACCCCCACAGAAAUUCAAAGUUCUUUUUGACACUGGAUCAUCCAACCUGUGGGUUCCCUCAGUUAAGUGUCGUGGAUGUGGUGCUUGGCAUAAUCAAUACAACAGCAGCAAAUCCAGCACAUAUAAACCAAAUGGGACAAGUAUAGAGAUUGUGUAUGAAACUGGAAGCAUGAUGGGAUUCUUAAGCACAGACAAUGUUGCAAUUGGAAACAUUGUUGCCAAGAAUCAAACUUUUGCAGAAGCAACACGAGAGCCAGGAAUGACAUUUGUUGCCGCCAGCUUUGAUGGAAUUCUUGGAAUGGGGUAUAGUGAGAUUGCAGUGGAUGGCGUCCAAACAAUCUUUGAUGCAUUAGUGGAACAGAAGGUCAUUGAUAAACCAAUUUUCUCUUUCUAUUUCAAUCGAAAUACCAGUGAUAGCACCGGAGGAGAGCUUAUUCUUGGUGGGUCAGAUCCAAAAUACUACAAGGGAAGUUUCUCCUAUGAGAAGGUGACACUUAAGGGUUAUUGGCAGUUCAACAUGGACAGUGUUGUAAUCAAAGGUGGGUCCAAAUUUUGCCCUAAUGGGUGUGAAGCCAUUGCGGAUACUGGCACAUCUCUGAUUGUUGGUCCAACACAAGACAUUAUUGCUAUUAACAUGGAACUAGGAGCUAAAUUAAUUGAAGACUCGGUUUCACAGUAUGCCUUUGAAUGUGACAAAGUGGCAUCUUUGCCAUAUGUUGGUUUUAUUCUUGGUGGAAAGGCAUUUUACUUAUCUGCAGAAGACUAUGUUCUUAAGGUUUCACAGUGGUCCAGUGAGACUAUGAUCUGUUUGAGUGGGUUUCAAGUUUUGGAUUCACCAUUGACCAUUGGCCCUCUUUGGAUUCUCGGUGAUGUGUUCCUCGGAAAGUUUUACACCGAGUUUGACAAGGGUGCUGAUCGUGUCGGCUUUGCUGAAGCUGUGUAAAGCUUUGUCCGCACUAUCAAAUUUUUUUGAAAAACACUUUUUUAUGCCCAUAUAUAGUCAUGAUGUGGCUGUAUAUGGUCAUGUGAUGUCACAUGUUUUUGUCAAAUAAAAUUUGAUAAUAAGUAUAAUAUUCAUUUGUUAUCAUUUUGCCAUUAUAGCAAAUUCCAAAUGUUU